AUGGCUGCGGAGCCUCCCCUUGCCGUGCCAGACGUCCUGCUGGCAGUGGACACUUCCUCCUUGAAAGGCCUGUUGGAGGCCAUCCUCGCUCGACUGCGCCUGUCGGAAGCCUCGCUUGCGGAGCUUCAGAACGAACGACAGCUUGACUUGCCGAAGCAGGGCUUGGUGGCUCGCAUCGACAAGUUAGAGCUGGAAGUAGACGCGCUGUUGAAUGACGAGAUUCCGGGCGCCGAUGGAGCUGGCAAUUGUCCAAGUCCAAGAUCACUCCGAUGGGAGAGCUGCAUGAACGAUCUUAGUCAGGGCAUCAGCCGCUGCGAGGCACGAAUCGAAGAAACAGAGGGGUGCAUUCGCGAGAUGCACGAGGCCACCCAGCAAAAUGCACACGACUUUGAGCUUCUUCAAGCUAGACUGAACGGCCUUGGACGUUCGGUUGACAUGCGGUUUGCGGAGACUGGUGGCAAAGUAGACCAGCUCAGCGAGGUGAUGGAGGAGCAUGCUUCUGAUAUCGAGGAUCUGAAAGUCAAAAUGCAAGAAGCUUUCAAUUCACUCCAGAAGCUUGACCUCAGCAACAUGAAGGAAGAGAUGGAUGCGGCACUGCGGAAAAUGGAGCGGAGGCUCUUUGAUGAGAUGCAGGACACCGUCAAAUCGCAGCAUGAGGGCCGCCGCCUCCUCCUCCUCCUCCUCCUCCCCCCCAUCCUCCUCCUCGUCCUCAUCAUUGCCAGCGUUGUCCUGAUGUCCAUGAUUGCUGCCAUCAUCGUCAUCAUCAUCAUCCUCAUCCUCAUUCUCAUUCUUAUCCUCAUUCUCAUUCUUAUCCUCAUCCUCAUCCUCAUCCUCAUCAUCAUCAUCACCAUCGCCAUCAUCAUCAUCAUCAUGAUCAUCGUCAUGAUCAUCGUCAUCGUCAUCAUCAUCAUCAUCAUCAUCACCAUCACCAUAAUCAUCAUGAUCAUCAUCGUCAUCGCCAUCGUCACCGUCGCCAUCGUCACCGUCGCCAUUGUCGUCACCGUCGUCACCGUCGUCAUCGUCAUCGUCAUCGUCAUCGUCAUCGUCAUCGUCAUCGUCAUCGUCAUCGCCAUCAUCGUCAUUAUGGUCAUCGUCGGCGUUGUCGUUAUCGUCAUCAUCAUCGUCAUCGUCGUCGUCAUCGAAGUCGUCAUCGUCAUCGUCAUCAUCGCCAUCGUCAUGGUCAUCCUCAUCACCAUCAUCAUCCUCCUCGUCAUCAUCGUCAUCAUACGCAUCCUCCUCCCCUCAUCAUUCUCCUCGUCAUCCUCGUCGUCAGCCUCAUCAUCCUCAUCAUCAUAG